AUGCGCAUAGAGCACGCCGGCUCCUCUAUUUCUUUCGAGGGUGAUACUAACUUAACCACGUCCACCUCAGAUGUCGCGACCAGUAGCCACCUUGACAACGACCCUGAGGCCAGCUCCAUGGUGUCUGGCAGUCUAGCUGGUGCCGGCGAUCGGCCGCCUGACGAUCUUAUGGAGUCUAUCGAGGUUGGAGGACCAGCAGUUAGGACCGGGCCAGUUACAAGCGGUGUACUCAAGUUUAAAGCCGUUGGUUUGACAGGAUCUGGUGUCGGGCCUGCAAAGAUGCCUACUGGUCGAUUGACAGCCAAUCGACACAUACUCCCACCCUCUACCAGAGGAUCUUCCCAAGGACCUGUAGUCCGCCGACAACAAGGGCGUCGGUUACCAACCAGUCGGCCAGAUUGCAAUGUAUUAGAAGCUAGCUCUCCACUGGCCAACUCUAAAUUAGCCAAUAUGAUGCGUUCAGCGCUGGUAAAUGUCACUUCCGGCGAAACUGUUGUCGCCGGAGGCAGUAAUGUCGACGGAGAUCCAGCCAAGUUGCAAUCAUAUCGUUCUAGGCCGCCUGCCGACAACCUGAGCCCUGGCUUUGUAGGCGGUCGAAGACGCCAUCGCAUUCCAGCCACUGAAGAUGACUUUGAGGAGGAGGAUAGUGAUGAGGCUCGUCUUCUUUCACGAGCGACACCAUUGUCUCUAUUAUCAGGGCAAGCUGGCGCUCGACAGUCACUUUUGCUCACUGUAAACGAAGAAAAUGAACUCGUUUUAAUGCCUGUCUCGCCGAUUCCGGAUCCUGUCACUACCUCAUCCACUUCCAGGACCCCAUUAAAUGUCUUGCCUGAACUGAGUCACAGCCAGGCAUUACUUGACUCACCGCGAGUUUUAAAGCCAUCUAACUUUGGUGCCAACAGUUUCUCAGCUGGUCUGAAUCGGUCGCAAGCACAACCAGUUUCUCAGCCCCGGAUACGCAAUCUUCGGCGACAGCCGGUAAAUCGUCUUAGAAGUCGAUUAACCAAUGCUCAAGAUGUACCAGCUAAUCUUGAUGUUUCAAAUUCAUCUUCGACCUCUUGUCAUGACGUUGAAUUGCCGCGAGUAGUUCCUAUGCAUGUCACUUGCCUAUCCAGUGGUGAGGAGGAGGAUUCGGAUACAGAUUUCGACAGAAUUCAUGCAAUCAAUGCUCUAUUGGCAGAAGAGGACGAGGAUGGCGAAACGGUAGGAGAGACGGAUCAAAGCCUGAACUAUGAGCAUAGAUUGUCGGCAGAGACCAGAACCUCAAGUGGAGCAAUAAACUUUGCUGAUGGACUCCUAGGUGUAGAAGAGUCUGAAAUACUUGUUGAUGAAGCCUCCUGUUAUCAGGACGGUAUGACAGAGACUUUGCCUCUUUAUGAGGACGCUCUUCGUUUGCUUUCUUCAAAUAGGUCCUGA